GUUGAAGAUAUGAUUCAUAAAUCUUUUGCAUUUAACAUACCCAAGAAUGUACAGAAAUUGUUAGAAACAUAUAAUGAAGUUAUUACAAGGGAAUCAACAGGGUUUCAAAUAAGUCUUAGUAAAGUGGCAUUAAUUCCUUGUGAUAAUGAAAAGAUUGUAAGAUUACACUUUCAUUUAAUUAACCCAAUCAAAUUUGGGGAAACAUCAUCAUCAAUUGAUAUUCAAUUUGCAAAAGGAAUUUCAAAUGUUAAAAACAUCAAAAUUGAUGAAGUGGAUGACGAUGAGGAUGAAGAAGUAAAGAGAUUGUAUGAAGAACUGGAGGAAGAAGUGGUAGAGGAGGAGAAACAGAAAGGAUUGAUAAAUAAGUGGUUUAGGGAUUUUGCUAAAAACAUUUCAAUAAGAAGUGGCAUUACUAUCGAUACCUUUAGAGAUAUUAAAUUCUCUAGAAAUCCAUUUAAAAACCAAGUAUUAUUGCAACCAACCACCAAUUGCCUUGUCCACUUAAUCAAUUUAUCUUUCUUGGUGAUAACAAUGGCAGAUGUGGAAGUUGUAAAUUUGGAAAGAAUACAGUAUGGGUUAAAAAAUUUUGACAUGGUACUUAUUUUCAAAGAUUAUUCACAUCCACUAGUACACAUUAACACUAUUCCAAUGAGUCAACUAGAAGGUGUAAAGAGUUGGUUGGAUUCAAUAGGUAUUGUAUAUUAUGAAGGGACACUCAAUUUGAAUUGGACACAAAUAGUGCGAAACAUUAACAAAGAUCCAGCUGGUUUUUAUACAAAUGGAGGUUUGUCAUUUUUAGACAUGGAUGGGAAAGAUGAUGAUGACUUGGAAGUGUCAUCUGAUUCCGCAAGUGAAUUUAAGCUUACAGAGAGUGAAGAAGAAGAUUCUGAGGCAAAAGAAUCUGUUAGUGCAUCAGAAUUGGAGGAAGAAAGUGACGAAUCUGUUUUAAGUCAGGAUGAACUUAAAGAAAGGGCUCCUAAAGUUGAUAAGAAAAUACAAGACAUUAAGCGUAAAAAUUCUAAUGAUGUUCAUGGCAGUAGUAGUACAAACACAAAUAAGAAACCUAGUCAAAAUCGUGGUUUAAGUCCUCGUGGUUCAGAACGUGAUCGAAGAGAUGACAGGCACGACCGUGAUAAAAAAGGAAGACCACACUCUCGACCACAUUCACCAAUGAAAGGGGAGGUUUCAACAGAGUCUUCCAAUAAUCCGUUGGCAAAUAUAAAUCCUGACGAAGAUCCUGAAAUGGCAAUGAUGAUGCUUAUGGGUAUAACAGGAUUCACCACUACAAAGGGUAAAAAAGUUUCUGGUAAUAAUGAUAUUUCAGCAGUUGACAUUAAAAAGCAAAGACAAUAUCGUCAAUAUAUGAAUAGAAGAGGUGGAUUUAAUAGGUAA